AUGCCUCUAAGCACCUCUCAAGCUCGGCGAUCGACACUGCAGACCCAUAUCAGGAACAAUAUAUGGGAGCCUACCCCUUAUAUUUCGUUCACAUCCUCGCCUGAAGCGCUUGAAAGUUCUGCAAACUUCAGACGAACUCGUCCAUACAGGGAAAACCAGACCGUUGUGGUCAUCGACCCAGUAGAACUCGAUAACCACUACAUCUGCCUUUGGGAAGUCAAAGCGGAAGAGGUCGUCGGACGUUGGUCUUGGGAUGACUUGUCUUUAAACCCGAACUGGUACGAGGAUAUCGUCCUUCCUGCCAUGAGGAAUUUCCGAGAGAAAAGACAAAAGUAUCAAGUCGAAGAGGAGGUGUACGGCCUUUCAAAUGCGCUUAGUGCUCUCGGUUUGAACGAUUUUUUGAGCGAGAGCUCUUCGGGUCACGGUAAUAGCGACCAAGUGGUCCCUAAGAAACUCGAUGGGAGCGGCCCUAUUAGAGAUAAUAUUCGAGCAAACCUCUGA